AUGAAUUCCCAAACCCUUUCUUCAUUCUUUAUCCUAUUGGCCAUAAGAUUCUUGAUUCUAGUCCAAGUUCUCCCCAGUGGUUCAAGCAAUCCUGAAGAGUUUUACCAAACAUGUGGCAACAAGUUCAGCUGCGGGACAAUCACCAAUAUUGGGUACCCUUUCCGGGGAAUAGAUGAUCCUCUAUAUUGUGGAUAUCCUGGUUUAGUCCUUCACUGUCAACAGAAUGAUGUAACAACCAUCGAUAUAGUGAACGCAACGUAUCACGUGUUGGGAAUUAACGAAAGCACCCAAACUAUGAGGAUUGUUAGGGAAGAUGUGAUGAUGGGAACUUGUCCACUAGACAUGGUUAACACCACUCUAGACUACUCGUUGUUUGAUUAUUCAGCGACCAACACGAACUUCACGUUUCUAUACGGUUGUCCUACAUUGAAUAUUCCGGGUUUAAGCCUUGUUUGCUCUAGUGGAUAUAAUAGUGUUUAUGUAUUGCCUGGAACUCAAGGCCCUGGAAAAUGUAAUACAAGUGUUGUGGUUCCAGUACUUGUGAGUACUGGAGAUGGACACGGAGCUGGAGGAUCAGUGAAUUCUACAACGUUGGAUCAGGUCCUCCAGAAGGGUUUUGAGAUCAGAUGGAAGAUGGACGACAAAGAUUGCAAUGACUGCAUUGAAUCAAAGGGACGGUGUGGAUUUAACUUUGCUACAAAUCAAACAUCUUGCUUUUGCCCUGAUCAGCCAUACAUAUCGGCAACCUGCUCGAGGACUAAUGGAGAUAGAUCUUCUUCGGGUGCGCAUUUCUUUCUUUUCUGA